AUGAACAAAAUGAGGUAUAACCUGCCAACACUGUUGGCAUUGUGCCAGGACACAGGCGUGCACUGCAAGUGGACCAGUGAAGCAAGACACUGCAGACGAGCGCGUCCUGAUCGAAGCAAAAAGAAGCCUAUUCUUUCAGAAAACCCGAGAAACCGGCCGACUAGAGAGCCAGUCAGGUCAUCGCGACCGAACAAAAAUCCAGCAUCGAAAGCCUCCAAGACCCGCCCAACUCGUAACAGCAAGAAGUCCUUUGAGCCUGUGUUCUCCACGAGUGACGCAGGGUUUGCCCAAUUUCUGAAAAAGCACACUUCCCCGAAGCACCAGCGAGUCACAGCUGGGGGAAGAAUCGUUCCAAUGGAGCCACCAAGACCACCCCAUCUUGAUGGCUCAUCAGCUGCGCCAACGGCUGAAACGAAUGACGACGAAUCCAUUGUCGCACAUGUCUUUGUCGAUGACCAACUUAGGACUGGUGGCCGGAGCGGAGCAAUACAAGAGAACUUGACAAUCAUCCGUUCUUCUACAGAGUCCGAUAAUAACCUGCAUGAGCGGUUGCGUUCGCCUUUGCCGGCAAGCACAUCCCAAUUCGCAGUUCCCGUUGAUUCGCGGGUUUUGAGUGUUUCCCAGGCAAUGGAAUCAAACAUUCCAUAUGCUGAACAUUUUGAGUAUCAACCACAAGACGAAGAUGAUCCAGAGUUCGCUCGCCGUAGUCCAAGCGCAGUACAGCGUUAUGAGACCCCCCUUGAGGCCCAGGAGCGCCGAACACGAUGGUAUUUGAUCGAGACACUUAUUGACCAUGAUGAUUUUGCAAUUGCGCAGAUGAUGUCGUUGCUUCUGCCGUUUGAUAUCCUCCCGGGUUGCGACUAUUAUGUUCAAUAUGUAGGAAGGGCGUGGAUAUUCGGCAUUGGUGCCAUGAUUGCGGCAAGGAAGCUACUGAGUAGCAAACUCCAGGCCCAUGAAAUGUACUUGGAGGAGGUCAAUGAAUUUAUUGCGUUAGACCCAGAGAUUCCGCCUGGUGACGUUUGUUAUCAUUUGCGCGUUUACAACAUCAACGAACGGGCAAGAGUGCUCAAUGCUUUUGAUUACUAUGAGAUGCUCGCAGAGGAAUCUCUCGCGAACAAUCCCAUUGAUCCAGGAUGUAUUACCGUCGGACCAGCCCAUCAAGAGCAACCCGGAAGAACGAUCCAUGGUGGUCCAUCUGAUAACCUGGGGACUGACGGUACCAAUGAGGUUGAGCGUACCAAGACCUCUCGUGCAGUCGAUAUUACUGACCCAAACACUGGCCAUCGCAUCCAAUUCCAGAGACAGCAAUCAAUAGCAACAAACGACAUCCGGAAUGGAACAGGCCGCACAAACGGGGACGACUCAGAAUUCGAUAACAUGCAGGUUGAUGGAAGCUCAGAGUUGUUGAUUCGUGAUCAUGUAAAUGGAAACUGCAACGGAAACAGAAGCAACUCGCUCUUCAACCAGGUUCAGGUUGAUAGAAGAUCAGAGUUGUUUCAUGGUGCGAGUGGGACUAGCGGCAACAUGCCUGCAGGAAGCGAUGAUCCGCUCUUUGACGCUAAUAACCGAUUGGGCAUUCACCUUUCUCCCGAAAUGGAUUCUGAGACGGAACAUAGUGAAAUCAUACCAUGGAUCCCCCAGGAGACAUGGACAGAAUGUCGCCCGAGAAACGGAAGCUGUAUUAGCAACACCCUGCCUCGGAAUUUCGGCCGAAACAUCAACAAUGUGAGAUCGGCAUUGCAUUCUAUUACUGAAAUAGACCAUGAGGAGCACGUCAUCGAAUUAACUCACAAGGCUGAAAAUGAUGGGAGUCAUACACCAGACCUCGCGUUUAGCAUCGAUGAUCAGAAUGGGCUUCAGUAUCUUCAGAAUGAGCUCUGCAGGGCAUCAGUUUCAAGCAGUUUGGAUGACGACCAACAGACGAUAAGAGUCUCUAGCCCCGGACCCGGACUGAAUGAGGAGAUGCUCUCAGAGCUUUCCUUUGAUCGGCAGCGCAGAAAUAGUGAGGUGUCGGAUUUCCAGGCGCCUCUCAUUCCACCGGACUUUUUCGAUGUGUUUGUUGUAGACGUGGAAGGAUCCGGUGAACGGAGACGACGCUCCUCAACUGGACAACCAGAGGAUGGCAUGAAUCACAGCCGCAGUGGAAGUUUCACCAUGACAAUGAGCAGUUUCGGAGGGGAUUACCCCGACGAUAUGUCGGACACACCCCUAUUGUCUCGGAAUAGCCCAUUCGGCAGGUAUAGCCCAUUGUCCCGGAAUAGCCCGAGCAGAGUGAUCUCGAGGUCGAGUGUCCGCCGCAGACCCUAUGUACCUGUGGGUGGUCUCAGCAGCGUUGGGUCUCGUAUGAUCUCAUCGAGUCUGAAUGCCCGUCGAAGGCAUGACGCACGUGAAAAUGUCCGAAGCGCCCGUCGCUCGCUCACAAAUUCAUCGAGAUUGAUUGACGACUUGAGAGACGAAGUACCCGCAACAACUGUUCUCGGUUUUGACGCGGCAGACAGUCAGCAAAACACCACUUACUCGCCACUGUACUUUUCACAGUUGAUUAAUGCCAGUGUCAGACAUACUGCUCCCGCUAUUGUGAACACCAGCAGAAUCAAUGCGUAUGCUCACAACUAA